AGGAGUUCGUUCUUAUCUUUUAACAUCAACAUAUUUAGUCUUAAAAGCGGCCGAGACACGAAAGGUCUGGUCUUUUUUUGAUCAUGCCUGUUCUAUCAUUUUUUAUUUCCCUUUCUGUCUCAUUGAGUUUGGGGACUUUUAUAAAAGGUCCAAAUCAAACCAUAGAAUUCGGUAAAUCCGCUUCAUUGUGGUGUGGAUUGGACGAGGGCUUUGAAACAUGCCAGUGGACAACUCCUGAUGACACAAGUUGCCGUUUUGAGUCAGAGAGUGAUCCAUGUUUGGUGAAGCCUGAUUUUCAUCUGAAUCCGGAACCAUUCCAUGGCAAGACAAAUUGCAGCAUUGCCAUGCCGACUGUGAACGAUAUGCAUAAUGGAGAAUGGCAGUGUAAGCUUGAUAAUUCCCCAACUGAAAAUUUGGAUUUGUACGUUGCCAAACGAGCCAAGAUUUCUCUCGGAGCUGGCUUUCCUAAUGAAGGACCUUUGUUCUUUGUCGCAGACAGGCCUAUGAAUUUAACUUGCAAUGCCACUAAUGGACGCCCUAAAGGUAAAUUUCGAUGGGAAAUUGUCGAAAAGGGUAGUAGAAAGGCCGUGAGAGAAAGGUCAAAGUUGCAGACAUUGCACUUUGUGCCCCAAGAGAGUCACGACGGGGCAACACUCAAGUGUAUCUACGAACAAAGGAACAAAGACAAGGGUCUCAUAUUCAAGCCGUUACCUGGAGCAAGCAUCACUUUGAAAGCCACUUACAUUCGGCAAGAAGCCUUACACCAAAUCCCUUCUGAUGCCAAAGUGGGUAACAUUGUAGAAAUCACCUCUGAGUAUGAAGCCGAUCCCAUGCCUAAAGCUGAAGACAUCCUUGUGGAGAUCGUCCAUGGGGAAGAGAAAGUGAUCCAAGUUUCUGUAAAGGACUCCGAACAUGAAGACUAUAGCUUAUCGCUGAUUUCAGAUGAGUGUACAUCUACGGUCACAUUCACUAUCAAGGAUAUAAAAGGCGAAGAAAUGAGCAAGAAUCAUAACCUCAUAAUCAAGUACCCGAGUUCAAAUCUUGCACCUGAAGUUUUCCCUUUGAGGCUCAACAUAUCUAACAUGGAACCAAAGACAUCGGACAGCUGGAUUGCACGGUGGAUGCCGACACUAAUAAUAAUAAUAAUAAUUGGAAUUGGAAUUGUUGGUUUUGUGUUUUUUUAUCGCAAGCAACAAUCUGACUCAACAUCUCAAGCUGAACGCCCAGAACAAACCUUGCCCCUUCAUCAAGAAGAUCCUUCUCAAGUGAACGCUCAAUCCGCUCUAUAAAAAAAAACCUGUUUGUUUUGGACGAUUUCAAUAUUAAAAAAAAAAGAAUGAAUACAAGCUGUUUGAUUCUGCA